GUGAGCGUGAACCACCCGGAUCCUCAGGGCAAGCAGCUUUCUGUGCUCCAGGAGGCACUCCGAAAUAUGGCAUCAGGCAAGGCAUCCGUGGUUGUGGAUGCUUUCACUGCAGGGCAUGUAGGUCUUCGACCCGGUAUUGAGCUAGCGAUGCCUUCUGCAGAGGAGCAGAGGGCUUGCCUGGAAUGGGACUAUUGGUAUGACUACUUCAGCAUUCCGCAGCUGGAUGUGCAAUCCCUGCACAUGGCUAUCAAAAGCAUUCCUGCAUAUUGCUGCGUGGUGGACUUCACUAUCGUUCUGGCACCCUGUCUCCAGCACGAGGACUCUGGAGAG